AUGAGCUCUAACACCUUAAGUGAGGAUGAUGAGGCUGAGAUUCAUAGAGAAAAUGAAUCAUCUAAUGAACCUAACAGAGAAGAAGUUGGGGCAAGUAAAAAUGGAACAAGUUCUAUUGGGAGUGGAAAUUUCAACCACCCUUCUGAAAUCUUGAAAAAAUUGGCCAAGGGUCCCUUUGAUCCAGAAUCACCCUUAAAACAAUUUGCAUCUAAGCUUAUAAACAUAAUAGCUGCAACAACAUUCCAUAUCAGCCCAAAUUUUCCAGAAGAAGAGCUUCUAACAUUAAGAGGAAAGGACCCUUUGCUUGCUGUACCUUUUGUUGCACAAACUAUCCAUAUAGAUGGCAGAUAUACUAGAAUGACAAUAUCCUCAAUCCGUGAGGGGAUGAGUAUCAGACCAGAAACAAUUCAGACAACAUUGCUAGCUGUUCUGCGCUUUGUGAAUACCAAUGACAAAAAAUUCUAUUAUGCAGCUUGCCCACUAAUAGUGAAUGAAAGGCCUUGCAAGAAAAAGUGUACACAUCACGCUAAUGACUCAUGGUUUUGCUCUAGAUGUCAAAUGACUAUGCAAGACUACAAUUAUAGUUACCUCUUGCCUCUAAAGUUGCAAGAUGCCAUAGGUACUCUAUGGGCCACUGCAUUUGACGAGGGUGGCAUUCACUUGCUACACAAAACUGCAAAACAACUCUAUGCACUCCAAAACGAUGGAACAACAACAGAAACACCUUCCUCAGUGAUCAACAGAGCACUGUCAUGUUACUAUUCAUUCACACUGCUGGUUUCUACUAAAACAUAUAAUUCAGAAACGAAAAUGAAAGUCAAAGUCAAUAAAGUUGCUCCUGUUGAAUUCAAGGUUGAGUGCCAUGCAUUACUUGCAAAAAUUGCGUGCCUAAGUACAAAGAGUUAA